AUGACGGGGAGAACUGCCGCAGAGGCAAGCGGCAGGAGGAGCGCGAGGGGGGGAGAGGGCGCCAGCGCGUGGAGCGGCACUAGCCGCCGCGAGGCGCAGAGAGACAGGCGCGCCGCGCCGAACAAAGUCGAGGCGCUGCUGGCGUCUCCUCCUCUCCCUGAGCUGCUCAACGGAGACGCAAGACGCGGAAAAGAGGCGGAGGAAUCCGCGCGCCGCGCAUCCGCGUGCGCGGCUAAGGCCGUGAACGGCCUUAGCCGCGGCUUCGCGUCCCCCUCCUUCUCCUCACUUUCGCCGACUGUCUCCUCUGUUCCCUCUGUCUCCGCGGUCGUUCUGCCCGCGCCGGACGCAGCGGGCCUCUCGCCGCCGCUGGGCGUCGCCUCGCCGCCGGCCUCGGAGGUCGGCGGCUGCGGGACUUCGACGGCGUCGACGGCGUCGCGGCCGCGAGGCACGGAGUUGGCGCGGAAGCAAACGCGCACAGAGGACGCCGGCGAGGCGGGCGCUCGUCCGCAGUGGCACGCAGACGCGGCGAAAGUCGGAAUUCUGUCCCACGGCGGCCGGCGGUUUUGGAAGAAACGCAAGGCGGGCAUGAUAUCGCUGGUGUACGAAAACGCGCUGCGCUCCAAGGGCGUCCACGCCUACAGAUACGACAUCCUUCAAGGCCACGUUAGCGCAGCCGAUGGCGUCGGUUUCGUCUUCGCAAAUCGCGUGCCCUGUGGCAAGAACAUCCAGACCCUUUGGAGCGUCUUCGUCAACCGACAGGGGACACUGUGCAAACGCAUGGGCCUGCAACUGGUGAAGCAGCCGCCGCCCGGGUUGGGCCUCUUGGAGGCGGGCAGCAGCGUCUUUCUCCUCGUGGAUCUCGACCGCAAGCUGGCGCUCUUUCAGAUGAAGAAUGGGGCGGGAACUGAGACCGAGCCUCGCCUGCUGGACUUUGGGGACAUGGCGCAAGGAGCAAGUUGCUCCCAGGGCUACUUCUGCGUCGUCAUUGCCGCAGGCGAUGUCAGCGUGGAGGUCUCGGAUCCAAGCGAGUUUCGGCAUCUGUACGCGACACACGUUCGCGGGGCGGCUCUCACGUCUCUUCCGUCCCCUGCGGCGCCGGCCUUUUCGGCGUGCCGCGCCCCGGUGACUUCGCCUGGGCCGUCAGCCUGCCGGUCGCCGCCGCGCGUGCCUCCGCCCCCUCCGCUUCUGGCAUCGCCUCCGCGUUCGCCGCUCGUCCCGCUGCGUCGAGGUGCCCUGCCCGCGCAUGCGCCUUUGUCUCCAUCUGCCUUUCCUGCUCUCUUCGCGCCUCCUUUCUCCGCGGCUUCCCACGCCUCUGCAAUACCGUGUGCGCCCUCCGCCUCCGCCGCCUCCAUCGCCUCGCAGGUCUCUGAGCCUUCGUCGUCCUCUGUAGCUGCGCCCGCCGCGUCUGCGCCGCUGAUUUCCACCCCAGCUUCUUCCUCGGGGGCGUCUGCGACCUCUCGUCGGCCGUCGACCUCCUCGUCUGUCGCCGCUUCGCCUCCGCUGGCGGCUGUGCAGGGCCCGUUUGGGCCGCCGCGUGCGCAGCGGAGCUCGCAAGCUGCGCACGCGGCGGAGAGUCGAGUCAUCGGGCGGACCCUGUCGUUUUCCUCUCUGCCACCUAUCCCUCUCUCCAGCUUCCCGUCGCUACCUGCCCCCGUGCCUCUGCCCACGGUUCCGCCUUUGCUCUCGCCGCCUUCUGCCUUCUCUUCGGCUGUGUGCUCCUUGGUCCAGCAGGACGAGUCGGCGUCGCUGCGGCUGCCGGCGCUGCCGAGACGCGAGGCGAUGCGAAGCAUCUCCUGCGCCUCGUCUGCGUCCUCCUCGCCGUCGUUUUCUUCUUCUGCCUUCUCCACCGUGGCCGCUCUGCUGCGGUCGCCGCAACAUCUGGCGGGAGGACUGGAGCCGGACCCGCCCGCCGGCGCGCGGAACGAAAAAGCGCGGGAGGCGACAGAUGAAGACGCGGACAUGAGUCGCGUGCAGAGAGUCACGUCGAUGCCGCUCUCUAGUGAAGCGCGAGCGCCUUCGCCGCCUGCGCAGCUGCGCCUCGGUCCCAUCACCCUCGGGGGUGGGGAACCCGCGGACGGUCUCUUCUGGUCUGGCGCCAGUGGAGACACAGUCUCCUCGUCCCGCCCCGUGGAGCCCAAGGCAGCCGAGAGCGACGGCUGGAGUUCGCUCAUGGUCGCGCCACCGUUCGGUUUUCCCUGGUUCGGCUGGGGCUCCACCCCCAGCGAGGCGGACGCCGACCUCUCGAAGAACGCAUCGACGCUGCCUUCUCCCUAUUCGUCAUCUUCUCUCCCUGCUGCACCCGCUUCGGCCUCUGCGUUCUUGUCUUCGCCUUCAGCGACCGCGUUCGCGUCGGCCCCCGGCUCGUCCGCAGCGUUCUCCGCAGGGAUCGCAGCUCCGCUGGCGCCGCCUCUGUUUCUCUCUCAUCCAGGCGAUGUGCAGCGAGAUGAGGCUUUCUUCCCUUCGUCGGCGUCGUGCACCUUCGCAACUUCGCCGUUUUCUUUCUUCUCCUCGGACCUCUCUGGUCCCAACGCCGCAGCCGCAGCCGUCGCCGCGGCGGCAGCCACGCAGCACCCCUCCGUCUUCCUCGAGUUCGAGCGUCUCGCCGCGACCGCGGUCGGAGCCACCGUCCUGUCGUCCGAGAAUAUCCCUCCGUCUCCUUUCUCCUCGCCCGCGCGUCUCGUCUGGAACAACCGUGCCGCCUACGCACACGUCAUCGCCGCCGCUGCGCACAUGACCGCCGCCGCCCAGGCCAUCGUCCGGGAGGCGCACCAGUGUCCCGGCCCCGACGGCGCCGCGACCGCUAGUUGGGCUCCAAUGGGGACAGCAGGGCCUGGGGAUCCGGCGGCCGGCACCCGAGACGAGGCAGAGAAGAAGCAGACGGGCGAAGGAGCAGCAGACGCGCAUACGCACGGGUCAGGCGGGUUGAGUCCUGAGCUAGAUGAAGAGCAAAGCAGACCAGAGGACGGGAAGACUUCGCUUUUUCACGCAAGCGAAAACGGAGAUCAAACGGCAGAAAAGGUGACGCGGCAUGUGGGAUGCUGUGCUGUAGGGUUUUCCAAUGCGGCGCCGCACAGUGCGGAGUGCUGUCACGGAGAUGCUUGCGCGAGAGACGGGCAGGAGAUCGUUCAGUGCUCUCCGCUGGGAUCGUCGCCUCCGUUGAUGUUUCCACUUUUUCUCCCUGGCGAGUCUCGCAGAGACGUAGACUUGCUGCGCAAAGAAGAGAUCGUCAGUGACAAGACUGAGACGGCGGGGGCAGGCCUGGACGGCCGAAACUCUGAGAACCAUCGCCAGGGCUCGGAGGCGGGCGCCACGCGAUUUGCAGAGGCGCCCCUCCGAGGCGUAAAAUGA